AUGACGGCAUUUUUCCCCACUGUUCCCAACUGGAUUCAAGAUGCAAAGCAGGAGGAGGAAGAGACAGGCUGGAAAUUAGUCCCCAGACCACGAGGCGAAGAGACGGAAAGCCAGGGAAAGUGCCAAUGUGAACUCUCGGAGCCCUCCUUCGGCGGCGUGGAGAAGCUGCGGGCUCACGCGCUCCCUCCCGCCGAGCAGAGGCCCUACAACUGCCCCCAGCUGCACUGCGGCAAGGCCUUCGCCUCCAAGUACAAGCUGUACAGGCACAUGGCCACGCACUCUGCUCAGAAGCCUCACCAGUGCAUGUACUGCGAGAAGAUGUUCCACCGGAAGGACCACCUCCGGAACCACCUGCAGACCCACGACCCCCACAAGGAGGCCCUGCACUGCCCCGAGUGCGGCAAGAACUACAACACCAAGCUGGGCUUCCGCCGGCACCUGGCCAUGCACGCGGCGGCCAGCGGCGACCUCAGCUGCAAGGUGUGCCUGCAGACCUUCGAGAGCACCCAGCUCCUGCUGGAGCACCUCAAAGCCCACUCCAGGCGGGCGUCGGGCGGCGCCAAGGAGAAGAAGCACCCGUGCGACCACUGCGACAGGCGCUUCUACACCCGCAAGGACGUGCGGAGGCACCUGGUGGUGCACACGGGGAGGAAGGACUUCCUGUGCCAGUACUGCGCCCAGAGGUUCGGCCGCAAGGAUCACCUCACCAGGCACAUGAAGAAGAGCCACUCCCAGGAGCUGCUGAAGAUUAAGACCGAGCCCGUGGACAUGCUGGGUCUCCUCAGCUGCGGCUCCUCUGUCGCGGUGAAGGAAGAGCUGAGUCCCGUCCUGUGCAUGGCAUCCAGAGACAUGAUAGGGGGUAAGAGCUUCCCUGGCGUGUUGCCCGUGGGCAUGUACAGCACGCACCUCCAAACCGUGCCAAGCUCAGGGAUGCCCCAUUCUUUGGUUCCUAAUUCUCUCCCGAUGGGAAGGAGCUAUUCUCUGGAGUCUUCUCCCAUCUCCUCCCCACCGCAACCUCCCCCAAAGUAUCAGCUUGGAUCUACCUCAUAUUUGCCUGAGAAACUACCCAAAGUAGAGGUGGACAGCUUUUUGUCAGACUUCCCUGGCAGCCUGUCUCUCUCGUCUGGUGAGCCUCAGUCCUCUUCGCCUCAGCCACCCCCCCUGGACGAGGCUUUGCUUUCCAAGAGCCCUGCUAACCUUUCAGAGGCUCUCUGUGCUGCUAACAUGGACUUCUCUCAUCUCCUCGGCUUCCUCCCCCUAAACCUUCCUCCUUGCAACCCGCCCGCGUCGUCGGGGGGGUUGGUCAUGGGCUACUCUCAAGGGGAGACGCAGCCACUGCUCACCACUUUGCAACACCAACCUCAAGAAUCCCCCGGAGCCGGGGCCUCGCUGAACUUUGGGCCCCUCCAUUCGUUGCCCCCCGUCUUCACCUCCAGCUUGAGCACGACCACGCUGCCGCGUUUCCACCAGGCGUUCCAGUAG